AUGGCCUUCUUCCUACCUUGGUUCGUGCAGAAGCGCUUGUUGCGCUAUGCACUGACCCGUAUCGACCUGCUGGACCUCGACUCCGCGGACCUCGAUGGCUUGGGUUUCCGCUGGGGACAGAAGAGUUCGAUGCAACUGCAGGAUAUAGACUUGAAGGUCGAGAAAAUAGCUUCUCUUCUCCGAUUGCCGCAAACAUGUCAACUUUUGAAAGCCCGCGUAUCCUUGCUACGUCUUAAUAUACCCGCGGAUCUUUACAACGAUGGGGUGGUGGUCGAGAUCGAAGGAAUCGAUAUUCAUCUUCGCUUGCUAUCAGACGAUAGCCUCGAAGCUAGCAGAAAUUUCAACCACCCAACAGAGAAACCCCCCUCGGAAGAUAACAUCCUCCCGACGACAGACGACUUGGCGGAAUCGUUCCUAAAGUCUGAGCCCAAAGAGGAGAGGGAAGAACUAGAAGCAGCGAUUUCGUCUCAAUCCCAAUACCUACAGCAAUCAACGACGUCGCUCAGUGACGAUGGUGACGUGGGCAUUGGGAACGAGGGCUUGUCGCUUCCUAGCUUCAUUUCCAGCUUUAUUCAGGGUAUCACCGAUAGGCUGCAAGUCAAGGUUAAUGGCAUUAAUAUUCGGAUUGCCAUGGAUCUGCCCCAAGAUGGGCCCGUGAAACGAGCACCAGAAAACAAACCAGACCAGGUUACGGCACUGCUAGUAAUUCGAGAAAUCUCAGCUACUGGUCUUCUAUCUAAUUCCGAUGACGAAGACUCGGCAACGAAUCAGCGCGGAAGGACGAUCACCGUCGACAAUCUCCAUGCUAUGCUCGUAUCAGACCCUGUUGUUUUUUCCAAUUAUUCACGCUUCGGCGCAGCUCCUUCUUCUCCGUCGACAACGCAUUCGAAAACGGACCAGGAGUCGAUACGAACAGAAUUACCAUCGCCGUCCCAGACUUCUUCUACAUCCGACUCAACCCUGGAUUUAUCCCGUUCAGUGGUGUGGAAUCGUUCUCAAGUCACCGAGAGGUCGACCUUCCUAGAAAACAGAAACAUGGAGAGUUCAACACACACCUUGGAAGGACGGUUCUCGGAUGCUGGGAGUGAAGCCGAGUACGAUCCUCGUUCAUAUCUAGUAGACCAGUCGACGUCUGGCAGUCGUUACGACGACGUCAAUGAAGAGAUUUACGACAACCCGGCUUAUCUCGAUGAGGUCUUUCACUCUCAGUACCUAGAUGGCGUUGAGGACUCUGGCAUACUGCCUCCACGGUCCAUGGAAGAAGGUGCGGGUACUCCACGGCCACAUAGCCCGCAGCUUGAUUCUCCGGUGUCGGCAGAAACCUGGCAUGAUUUUGACCAGCCUCAGCUGCCAGUUGAGCAUGAAGAUCACAAUCUCGCGUCUAGUUAUUUGCACGAUGAUACAUCGGAAGACACUUCUCGAACCAUAUUUCAUGAAUUGCCGCCUUCACAGGCUGCUGAUACAUCUUACUAUGCUGCAUCAUUUGAGGGCCUUGGAGCUGUUCAUAGCGACAACAAUAACGAUGAGAAUGUCAUUUCUAGCCGGACAAGCUCCUCUUCAGGCUCACAGACAGGCGACUUGUCGGAGUCUAAAUUGUUCACCCACGAAGAGGCCUCUAGCAUGUACAUGAGCGCCAUCAGUCAUGGCUCAGAGGAUUACAGUCCUGCAAUGCCCGGUGCCUGGGACUCGUCAAGUUUUAGAGAAGAGUCAACAUCACUUCCUACGAGGUCUCGGGUUAUCUCUGGGUCAGAAAUUGAUGACGAUAGUGACACAAAAACGUCGACACCGAAACUGACUGUCCACACCGGUGAUUCUACUUUGGAUCAAGACAAAGAUGGCCCAGGCGAUUACUCGACUUCCACGCAUGCAUCAAUUCACCGCGAUCGAUCUCAAACACCAUCAGAUGCGACUAGCGAGAACAUUGAGGUUGCUCGCAAAGUCCUGGAGGUCGAUCGAAUUACGAUAUGGAUUCCAGUGGGGAAUAUUAAUGGAGAGCCGGAAAGGCAUCAAGAACCGGAGGAAGAUCACCAGGGUAGCACCAAUACUAAAUUUUCGACAAAUCCAUCUCACUCCACGAUGGGUGACAGCCUCGGAGCCUCAAAACUGGCGUUUUCCACGCGAAGCCGCUGGGAUUCUCUGAUGUCUCCUGUUUCUCACGAAGAAGCAGAGCAGGCGGCUGCAGAUAAACCACAAGGUACUGACCAAACAAGGCCUAAGAAUUCAGCACCCGACAUAUCUGUCGACAUCAACAAUGCGGUCAUUUUGUUCGACAUAGCAACGGGCUGGCUACUAAUCAAAGCAGGCCAGAAAAUGGCAUCUGUUUCUGAGGGAAUAAUGGCCGAAUUCAACUCCACCAAUACUCCAAAGUCCUCAGCACCGAGCUCUCAGAGCCUUAAUUUCUCCCUUCAAACUUGUUCGAUUAAGUUUCUUCAACAUUUGACUGGCAUUCCAUAUCAUGGUCGACAUGGAACCGAUUUUUCACACCCAGGUCUCUCUCCCGUCCAAGAUGUCAUAUUACAAGUGUCAAUAGCAGGUGCCAAAUCCACUCUUGGUCUUAGGACAGACACAGCGGAGUUUCAGCUCAAAAUAGCCAAGUUUGUUCUAGGAUAUGCAUCAGAGGACUUGAUUUCCUUCAACGAAGGACUGAAAAUGAGAGAGUCUGUAAGAGACAUUCUCGCACCGGUUCACAAUGACCUUUCUCUUUCUAUAACAAAGACCACUGGAUCCGCGAGAAUCGACUUGUCCACAUUGCCAAUUCAUUUGAAUUUUAAUAUUCAGAGAUUGGAAGAACUUCUUGGGUGGUUCGGUGGGCUGAGUACCAUCCUAGAACUCGGAGGCUCGAUAGCAUCUGUUUCUACUGUUCGAGAAGAAAAACCUCAAAAACCUGUCAAAUCCUCCCCCGGUGUCAGGUUUGCAGGCAUUCCUCCUACCGAGCCCGCUUCCGUGUCCACGUCCUCGACGUCCACUCCAUGGAAGGUGAACGCAAGGCUAGGUGGCGUCCUUGUUGAUUUGAUUGGCGAAACCUGCGCCCUCGAGCUAAGAACUACUGCUGUUAAAGUUGUUAGCAGGUUCGAAGGAAUCGGCAUCCAAAUCGACAAGGGCGAGCUGAGUGGACCGUAUCUGAUUGACGACAGUAACGAUGCUCCCGCUAAGGUCACAUUGGGGAAUAUUCGGGUUGAAUACUUGUUUUCGCCGAGGGAAGUCGAUUUAGAUAGACUUUUAUCCCUGUUAACACCAUCUCAAGACAAGUACGAGGAAGACGACGAUAUCAUGCUUGAUACACUUCUGCGACAAAGGCGACAGGGAGGUGUCCUCCGGGUCACAAUAACAACGCUAAACCUUCUCAUUUCCGACCUUCAUGGCUUACAUCCUUUAUCGUCUCUUCCCAACGAGGUUUCCAAACUGUCUAACGUAGCGAAAUACCUACCCGAAGAUGACCGACCGGGUAUCAUGACUUUAGCAUUGAUUCGCGAAUUUGAAAGUCAGAUUCGCGUCGGUGGGAAGAUUGGUGAUUUGAAUGUGAUUUCUCAAGAUAUGGAGGCAGCGCAUAUCGGCCUUCCCUCCCUGGUUGCCGGCCAAGUGAAGCGUCUUUCAGUCAACAGAAACGGCACAGAAGAACUUAUCGGUGAAGCACUGGAAAAGCCCCCCGUUGCUGGUCCCGCCCGGCCAUCUGUCCCCAUGAUAAUGACUCGAUUCCUUGCGGAUGAAAUGGAACCGACUGUGAAAGUUAAGCUGUGUAAUCUGAGGGUAGAGUACAUGGUUUCUGCUGUCAUGGCAUUUAUGGGGCUUGGAGAUGAAACAACAUCGGAGGAUUUGGCGGUUAAUUUGGCUAAUUCCGUUGCCAACCUCACCGAAUUACAAACUUCUCUACACCAAGCGAUGUCUCCAUCGGCCUCUGUGGUCUACAAACCUGAGACAAAACCGUACAAGCUUGCUGUGUCGCUCAGAGAUUGUGUUAUUGGACUGAAUCCACGAGACAUGCCGGCUAAAGGCCUCGUGGUAUUUGCAUUUGCCAAGCUCAGGGGUAGUCUUGAAAAAGAAACGACUUCUGAGGCUAAUUUUGAAAUCAAAAAGGCAACCGUCAUGAUCAUAGAUGACACGCAAAAUAUUGAUUCGGUGGAUACAUCAAACCAACGGAGCAUAUCUGCCGGGCAAAGCGAGCAGAUCAAGGGCUUCACGGACAAAGGCUUUGUUCCUGUAUCGUUUAUAUCUUCGGCCAUGAUUUCAGCAAAGAUAAACCAACCUGACAACGAUGGGACUAAAUCAGUAGAUAUUGAUGUUAGAGAUGAUCUACUCAUCUUGGAAACCUGUGCGGAUUCGACCCAGACUUUCAUCAGUCUUAUUAACGGCCUCUCUCCCCCAACACCGCCAAGCACGGCGCUCAAAUACCGCACCGAAGUUAUGCCUAUACAGGACAUGCUCGCGUCUUUCACGGGGGAUGCUUUUGCUACAGAUGAAAUAACGGAUGCCGAGGACAUCUCUGGACACGAUUUUGAUGAACAGCUCGGAGGCGCCAUUGAAGAUGAGCUGGAAUACGUGAGCGAAUUCUAUCCUCAAAAGCCCGAUCAAGAGGAAGCCAUGAGCGCGAGUAUGAUGAGUUCGACAAGCGAUGCUUCCAGGCCACCACAUCUUCUGGAUAGCUUCCAAUCGGAUAAUAACGUCACAAUUAGCAUGUCCGGACUUGAUUUUAGAGAUGACCAUUUUGCCAAGCAGUCGACUGUUGGUGGCACAGCUCACCGAUGGGAUUCUUCCCAUAACACGUAUGGACUUGCAAACGAGGUCAAGAUCCAUGGAAGCCCUCUUAGAGUCAGAGUGCGCGAUGUGCAUUUUAUUUGGAAUUUGUUUGACGGUUAUGAUUGGCAACGCACAAGAGAUACGAUUUCAAAAGCCGUCAAAGACGUCGAGAUAAAAGCGACAGAGCGACGCGCCAAAAAGGGCGGUCUCGCGCCUGUCGAAGAGGACGAGGAAGAAUCAGUGAUCGGCGACUUUCUCUUCAAUUCAAUUUACAUUGGAAUCCCAGCGAACAAAGAUCCUCGUGAACUUUCCAGGGCGAUCAAUCAUGACAUCGACGACCUGGCCAGUGAGACGGGCAGCUAUAUUACGUCGACUACAGUCACGGGAAUGACAUCGCGUCAAAACAGAGCCCCUUCGGUUAGGACGAAAAGAUUACGACUGUCGCGCAGUAGACACCAUAAAAUGACAUUUGAACUAAAAGGCAUCUCGGCAGACUUUGUUGUCUUCCCGCCAAACGCAGGGGAAACGCAAAGCUCGAUAGAUGUGCGAGUGCACGAUCUUGAAAUAUUUGACCAUAUUCCCACGUCAACUUGGAAAAAGUUUGCUACAUAUAUGUACGAUGCUGGGGAGCGAGAGAGUGGGACCAGCAUGGUGCACCUGGAGAUUCUGAAUGUUAAGCCAGUGGCGGAGCUGGCUGCAUCGGAGAUUGUUCUAAAGGCUACUCUUCUACCUUUGCGCCUCCACGUCGACCAAGACGCUCUAGACUUUUUAAGUCGAUUCUUUGAGUUCAAGGACGAGUCAGCACCUGCUCCAAGUUCUCCCAGUGAUCAACCAUUCUUGCAAAGGGUUGAAAUAAACGCCGUUCCUGUCAAACUUGACUUCAAACCCAAGCGGGUCGACUAUGCAGGAUUGCGCUCUGGACGGACGACUGAAUUCAUGAACUUUUUCGUCCUGGAUGAAGCGGACAUGGUGAUGCGACAUGUCAUCAUCUAUGGAGUAUCAGGAUUUGACAAGCUUGGCCAAACGCUGAAUGAUAUCUGGAUGCCUGAUAUUAAGCGGAACCAGCUGCCUGGAGUGUUGGCAGGUCUCGCCCCAAUCCGGUCUUUGGUCAAUGUCGGAAGCGGGUUCAAAGACCUUGUUGUGGUUCCGAUGCGCGAGUAUCAAAAGGACGGACGAAUUGUGCGCAGUAUACAGAAAGGAGCGUUCUCGUUUGCAAAGACCACAAGCAACGAGCUUGUCAAACUGGGAGCUAAGUUGGCUAUCGGGACUCAAACUGUUCUCCAGAGUGCCGAGGAUUUCCUCGGUGCGCCAAAGGCGGCACAAGGAGCUCAUCAUCAUCUCGAGGGAGACGGGGAUUCUGCAGACGAAGAGGAGAAGAAGCAGAUUUCCCACUAUGCCGAUCAGCCUGUGGGCGUUGUUCAAGGACUCCGCGGCGCGUUCAGCAGCUUGGAACGCGACUUGCUCACCGCACGCGAUGCCAUUGUGGCGGUGCCUGGAGAAGUCAUGGAAAGUGGCAGCGCAGCAGGGGCUGCAAAGGCCGUCUGGCGACGUGCCCCGACGGUCAUUUUGCGUCCUGCCAUCGGUGCUUCAAAGGCUGUUGGGCAGACUCUCCUGGGUGCAGGCAAUACGCUAGAUCCCACGAAUCGACGGAGGAUUGAAGAUAAAUAUAAACGCCAUUAG